AUUAGCAAUGUCAACAUGGAAAUUGAAUUAUUAAAUUAUAAUGAUGACACAUCAGGAGCAAUGGAUGAUUGGAACCCAUUGGGAGAUGUUUAUUACAGAAAAGUUGAAAUUUAUAAAAUGGAUUGGAAAAAUCAGUUUGACUUGAGCAAAUAUAUUAUUGUUGGAAGUACUUUUGGAGGACCUAUAGCUAUUACAAAAGAUGAUACAUUUGGAAAAAGCAGAGAUUCUCGAAGUAUUGUUUAUAUAUUCUCCGCAUCUGGUAUUGAGAAAGCAACUAUUAAAUGGGAUGGUGGAAAGAUAGUUAAAAUGGCUUGGUCUAAUCAGGAAGAUUUGCUUAUUGUAUCAGAUGUUGGCGUCAUGUAUAUAUAUGAUAUGUUUGGCAUGUACAAAAAGGAGUCCUCAUUUUUUCUUGAACCACCAGGAGUUACGGUUUUAGAAGUUGAAGUUUUUACAAAUACUUAUGGAACAGGGAUAUGUUUGCUGACGAGCGAAUAUCAAUUUCUUGUUGCAAACAACAUAUACGAUAUUAAGCUUAAUCGUUUGCAAUCUCCUCAAUCAUUUUCUCUUGAGAUACCUCCAAGCAGUUGGGCUGUUUUAAGUUUACCUGAAGAACAAGGAACGAAAGUAAUUAUGGCAAAAGACAACAUUAUAUUUGAACUCGACACUUUUCAACAUAAAUCAAAGAAUCCACCUUAUGGACAUCCUGUAAAUGCAUUCAUCAAAAUUUCAGUUUCAUUUGAUCAAAGAUUUGUUGCUAUGUUUGCUGAUACUGGACUUUUAUGGAUUGGAUCUUCAAAUCUAUCAGAUGUUUAUUGCCAGUACAACUCAAAUUAUCUGGUGCGGCCGUUGCAACUUGUAUGGUGCGGCUCUGGGGCUGUAGUGGGUCAUUGGGAUAACUAUCUUUUAGUUGUAGGACCAAAACAGGAUAUAAUAAAGUUUUAUGUAGACAGGAAUGUGCACUUAAUCCAAGAACUGGAUGGGGUUAGGCUAGUAGAUAGCAAGACUACAGAGUUUCUUCAAAAAGUUCCUGAGGUAGUUGAAGAUAUAUAUAAGCUAGGAUCUGUAAAACCAGGAGCAAUAUUAGUUGAUGCUUCAAAGGAGUUUGAGAAAAAAAGCAUUCGUGUUGAUGAAUACAUGAAAACAAUUAAAGAUCAUUUAUUAAAAGCCGUUCAAGAGUGUAUUAGUGCUGCAGGCUAUGAGUUUGAUCCUAAGAAACAAAGACGUUUAUUAAAGGCAGCUUCAUUUGGCAAAGGAUUUCUGCAAGAUAUGAAUCCUCGAGUUUUUGUUGAAAUGUGUCAGACAGUUAGAGUAUUGAAUAAUGUUCAGUACUUUAAAAUUGGAAUCCCAAUCACUUAUGAUCAAUUACAAAAAAUUACUAUUCCUGUUCUUAUAGAUAGGUUAAUAGCGAGGCGUUUAUAUCCUUUAGCAAUUAAAAUAUGUGAUUACCUUCGUCUUCAGAAAAGAGAUGGGGCAAGUCGAGUUCUUGCCCACUGGGCAUGUUACAAGGUUCGACAAGCUGAUAUUGCAGAUGAACUACUUGCUAAGAAUAUUGCUGAAAAACUAAAGAAUGCACCUGGGAUUUCCUAUGCAGAUAUAGCAACAAAAGCAUAUGAAAGAGGGCGAACUGAACUUGCAUUAAAGCUUUUAGAUUAUGAAGUGAAAGCAGACAAACAAGUUCCUUUACUAAUAGAAAUGAAAAAAUAUGAACAGGCUCUCCAGAAAGCAGUGUAUAGCUAUGACACAGAGCUUGUGCAUGAUGUAACCAAUAAAAUGAAAAAAAAUUUGCAAUCCGGUGAAUUUUUAAUGAAGAUUAGAACAUUCCCAUUGGCUUUGAGUUUGUUCAUAAAGCAUUGCAAGAAUGAUGAUCGUCACUUACUUAAAGACAUAUAUUAUCAAGAAGACAUGUUUCAUUAUAGUGGAAAUGUAUUUGUGCAAGACAGUUUCUUAGAAAAUAUGCUAGAUGCAAGAAUUAAAUUACUAUGGAAAGCUAAGGAAUCUUUUGAUAGAGGUGGUUGCUUAUUUUCUUCACAGGCUAUUGAGGAAAGUGUUAAACUACUGGAGUUUCAAAGUAAACUACAAGACCAACUAAAAAAAAAGUUUGUUAAUCUUUCAGUCACUGAUACUCUCUAUCAAUUACUCAACCAAGGGUUGAACAAACAGGCUGAACAACUUCGAAAAGAUUUUUCCAUCCCUGAUUCACGAUAUUGGUGGACAAAGAUUGAAGUUUUAGGUUCGACCCGAGAUUGGGAUGAGCUUGAGAGGUUUUCUAAAUCCAAAAAGUCUCCAAUAGGAUAUGAGCCAUUUGCAGAAGUGUGCAUCAAAUAUGGUAAUAGUGCUGAAGUUGAAAAGUAUAUAUUAAAGGUUCCUCUAGAAAAACGAGUGAAAAUUUAUUCAAAAUCAGGAAAUUUUGAAAAAGCUUGCGAAAUAGCAUUCGAAACAAAAUCUCUUGACAAUCUAAACUUUCUAAGUGUGAAAUGUGCAAGUAAUAAAAGGAUAUUGGAAAGAAUAAACAGUUAUCGCUCUCAACUCAUUCAAAAGCAAUAAUCUACUAGAAAUUUUUUUAUAUUUUUCAUAAUUUAUAUUUUUGAUAAAAAGAAUUUAAAAA